AUGCACGUCACCGUGGAGAAGAGUAACACUCCAUUUUUCCGCCCAUGGAAGCACGAACAACGGGAGGAACGCGACGACGAGCCAUCGGCCUUCAGCCCGAUCGAAACACGACGUUCGUGUUCGGUUAGCAGCGAAGAUACUAGUAGCAAUGGGAGUAGCAGCUUGCUACAGCUGCGCAACUUCGUCGACGAGAAGACAGCGAUCGACGAGCAAGAUGCUCCACUCUGGCAAAGUUCUAGGGCGACCACUUGCUGCCAACUACCAGCCACGGCUUACAAUCACCACUCAUCGGCACUCUUCAAUGCCGAUUACUCGUGGCUCGCGUCCAGUUAUCAAAGUGUUCAGGAUGCUGUCCACAGACUUAGCCAGCAGGAUGCAGCUGCUAAGCAACUGAAAAAGCUCCGUCCCAAGAAGUUCAAAUGCGAGUACUGUAUGGUGGCGUUUAGCAAUAACGGCCAACUUAAAGGCCAUUUGAGGAUUCAUACCGGCGAAAGACCAUUCAAGUGUGACACGGAAGGUUGCGGCAAAUCAUUCACACGCAACGAAGAGCUUACGCGGCAUAAACGUAUACAUACGGGCCUCCGUCCUUAUCUAUGUGCAGUCUGUCGCAAAGGAUUCGGUCGUAAGGAUCACUUAAAAAAGCACAGCAAAACUCAUGACGCGCGACAUGUCAUACCUGGUUACCAUCAGCAACUUGCAAUGGCUGCCGUCGCUGCGUACGCUGGCUAUCAUCAUCCGACGGCGCUACCUUAUGCGCUCGUUUAG